GAAGCGGCAGCAAGUGUUAUCCCCUGUGCCUGUCUCGGAUGCCGAUCCGAUCAGCGGUCACUCAACCAGAUUUACUCACUUCGUAAUUCCCAUUUCAAUGCGGAUGAAGCAAUUCCAAAUUACCUCAUACCGUCUAGUGCUUCGGACAGGUUUACUCAUUUGGUGAAAUAUGUGUGUGACGAACGCGGAUUGAUAAUUUCAUAACGUUUCGCGCGGUCAGUCUUUUAGCGAAUUCUGAAUACGUACGUAGUGAUCGGACCAACCGGUGUGUGUUUGUCUUUUUGACCUAAUUGAUAGUUGAUUGUUGAGUUCUGGCUGUUAUCUGAACGACAGUGCAAUCUACGCGGGAGCGAGCGGUAAAAAAAAACACACGCUGAACUGAGAAUUGAUUAUCAUAUGCAAACAGGCGUAACGUAAGGUGUGAAGUGACUGAGCUUGGAUUUGGUUACCCGUAAAAUUUAUUAGCAGUUGUACUUGAAAUGUCGCCGCUGUUCAUUGCUGUGCUGUUGGUUAAGGGUAGUUUGGCGAUCCCGGAACUCCAGGAAGGAAGCGGUGAUUACGAUGUGGUAGAAGUUAUCGAUGAUAGGAAACCGCCGCGCCCGGUUCCCUCGGAUGAUGAAGUGUUGGAUCCGAUUACUGUGGAUGAAUACUUCUAUUCGGACGAUGAUGACGAUUACAUUUCGAAGGAGCUCAACUCUACCUCUAAAGAACCGAUCGUUGAAAGUGAUAUCUCCACUAAAAGCUCAAGUAAAGAAGUUGGUGGUAGUGAUGAUACAGCUUUUCGAUUAGAUUUGUUACAAGCUAUUGAUUUCAACGGGAACACCACGGAAAUUGAUCCUGGAUUAAGUGAGGUUGGUUUGCGCAAAAUCGACUUAGAGGAAGCGCCAGCCGACUGCAAUGGUUACAAGAAAUUAUCAACCCAACCACGCUUCGUGAACGCCAGUUACAACGUUAUCAGAAAGUGCUGCCCACGGGGGGAAAGCUUCAAAGUAGGCGAUAAGAGCCACAAGCAUGCCGCACAGUGCGGGACUGGUGAACCGUGGGGUCCCUUCCAGGUGCAGGCGAUCAGUGCACAGUUCUACAAGGAUUGCAUCGAAGAUCUCGAGUUGGAUCCCCCGGCGCUGGGAUUGGUGUACGGUAAUCCUUGUCCGGUAGAGGGUGGUUUGGUGCGCUUCGGGCAGGACUCGAAGGAUGGCCUGUUUGUGCUGCAGAACGGAUCACUGCUGGUGAUCUACGAGCUGGUUGAAGAGUUCGACAUUUUCAGCAGUUAUUGCUUGGAUGUGGACAGGACUAGUGGGUCGCUUAAUGCGUACGUUUGUCCAUCGGAGAUUCGCAUCGGGAGAGAUAUUUUCAAGGGACAGAUGGUGGCGCUGGCGUUGUGUUUGGUAUUCGCGAUUCCGCUGCUGCUGGCGACGGCAUUUUUAUACGUGGAAAUUCCCGAAUUCGAUAACAUCCACGGAAAGGCACUCUCGCUGAAUUGUGUCAACUUUGCUAUCGCCUUGCUGCUGGAGAGUAUUUUUCAACACAAGAGCAAAGGUCACGGAUCGACCGAUGAUACUAUCGUGUUAGCUAAUUAUGCUGAGUAUUUUAUACUAGCCACCUUCUUCUGGCUGCUGGUGAAUUGUAUGAACAACUGCAUUCAUGCUUGGUACUUCUUGCCGAAAGGAAUCCAGAUUCAAAUGGGUGGUGAAAAACGCACAUUUGCUUUGUAUGCUGCAUUUGCUCAAUUAGUUCCACUGGCUAUUAUACUAUGUCAUCCACCUAAUGGAGAUCCACAGGUCCUCAAACACUAUUUCUUCAUUCCAAUCAUGGUCGUAAUCGUCCUCAACAUGGUCAGCUUCGUCAUCACGUUCUGGGGCUUCCACCGGGUUAGCAAUAUUCUGAUCCAGCACUACAUUCUGCGAGGUCGGCUUAGUACCGGUGGCGAAGCUGCUGGUGCCGUUUUAUCCCAGCUGCCCAACAUUAGAAAAACGGACGUGGAAAGAGUCAAAUAUAUGACAAAAUACACCGCCAUGCUGUUCGUGGUGAUGGCCGGAAUCUGGAGCAUCACGAUCGCUACCUACUACUCGACCCGAACCAUUCCCAUCCUGUACGACAUUUUGUUCGGACUGCAGGGUAUUCUUAUUUUCAUCAUUUUCAUCUGCCUGCCGAGACCGUUCCGGACGGUGAAAGCUUGGUUCCAGCGAAAGCAGUACUGCGGCUGCCGGGAAAACGAGAACACCGUUAGCUUGAGACGGCAUAACGCUUCGUACCGAGCGAGCAGCAACGGAAACAAGGAAGGCGUUCCGUUGAACAAUGUGGUGUCCUCCUAAGUGCCAUGCAAUACCAUUACGAGAGUGCAAAGCUUUUCGGUCUCUUACGUUCGAAUUUCACUUUUUAUUUAUAUUCCUAGAGUUGCUGCAGGAGAAGCAAAAUAUGAUAAGCUGAUAGGUACAAAUAACAGCGUUUAGUGGUACGCAAAUCAUUCAGACUAUUCUUCCCAAAAUUGAUAGUAGUGAAUGAUAGUCGAGUAUAUUUUAGCUGAUAGACUAUGUGUAGGACCACAAAAUACUUUAAGAUUUCAGGACAGCCUAAAAUGUUGAGGCAAAUUUUCUAUUUUUUGAGCAAUUGUAUACGAUAAUAAAAAUUGUUUUUAACAAAGA